AUGUCUCGGUCCCAGCAUGACCAGUUCAUCGACGAUGAAGAGGAGGAGACGUGUCCGCUCUGCGUCGAGGAAUUCGAUCUUUCCGACAAGAACUUCAAACCGUGCCCAUGCGGCUAUCAGGUUUGCCAGUUCUGCUACAACAAUAUCAAAAAUGCUGUGAACGGGCUGUGUCCGGCAUGUCGACGACCCUAUGACGACAACAGAAUCGAAUGGAAGUCUAUCAGUCCUGAAGAGCUAGCAAGCUACAAGGCCGACCAAGCUCAACAAGCCAAGCGCAAGGCAGCCGCCCGACAAAAGGAAGCGCAGAAGAAAGAAGCAGAGUCGCUCAGUCGUAAACACCUUGCCGGCCUUCGCGUGGUCCAGAAGAACCUGGUCUACGUCACGGGCAUGACGCCAAACACACGCGAAGCACGUUUACUGGACAUCUUGCGAAGUAACGAUUACUUUGGGCAGUACGGCGAAAUCGUCAAAAUUGUGGUCAGCAAACCCAAGGAGACAAUCGGUCCACAUGCCAAUUCCGUUGGCGUUUACGUUACCUACAAGCGGAAGGAAGAUGCGGCCAAAUGCAUCGCAAGUGUCAAUGGCUCACGGAACGGUGACAGGGUGCUGAAAGCACAGUACGGAACGACAAAGUACUGCUCCGCAUAUCUGCGCAACGAAACCUGCUCGAACCGAAAUUGCAUGUUUUUGCAUGAGGCGGGCGACGAAAACGAAACCUUCUCAAGAAAGGAUAUGUCCUCCAUGAACGCAGCCCACAACCUCCCCGAACAAGAAGACGCUCCCGACCAUCCGUCCGUUCCUCAACCGGUUCAGCCACACAUUGAACAUCGCGAAUACCUCAUGGGUCAUGGGGAAGGCACUUCGGAUGGCCCUGCACUUCCAUCCACGGCGAGCUGGGCGGACAAGAAUCAACAAGGUCGACGUGCCAGCCGCACCACGACGAGCAGUGGUGUCAGUCCAAUGGCAACGGCCUCGGUCCCUGCGUCAAAGCCUACCGAGACAGAACCUGCUCCAUCAGAGUCGCAUGAGGGACGCUCAAACUCUCCAGAAACCGUCGACACCACUACGCAUCCUCCACCAAAAGCAAAGCGUCUGGGUAAGACGCCCCAACAACUCGAGAGGGCGGCAUACAUGAAGCUGGCGAAGAAAGUUUGCGAUGACCUCCUGUUCCACUUCAUGCCACCGCCUUACUAUACUCAAGAAGAUGUGGAGGUCCUUAAAUGCAUGCCACCCAUGUGGGAUUCGAUGGCCGGUAUGCGACGCCGUGUUCUGAAAGAGAAGCUGAUGCAGGAACGGGCCGAACGCGACCGACAGCAAACCGAAACAGACGCCCAGCAGCCGCGGAUCGACCGUAUUCCCGAGGAGUCAGCAGAAGCCGGAAGCUUACAGCUUGGAGGAGAACCUGAAGAUCGAUCGGACCUUGCAAAUCAAGGGGCCGUUCAACCUCCACAAGGCCCACUCGAGUCUAUUGGACUCGGUUCCGGAGCAUUUAACGAUGAUUUCGGGAAUCUGAACCUGGGACGGGGACUUACACCUCAACAACAGCAGGAAUUGCUCUUGCAGCAGUUCAAGUCCGGUUCACCCCAACCUCCCGGUUUCCAAACUUCUGGCCAGACGAAUCUACAUGCGGGUACCAUGCCAGGUCAUUCCCGAACCACCUCUCGAUUCUCCUUUGCGAACGAUACCUCCACUGCCACGACAUCGGUUAAGCCUGUUGCCAAUCCCAAGCUGAUGAGCCAACAAGCCAGUAUGAUGCCACAGGGAGGGCAUUUCAACACCCUCUCUCAGCAACAACAACUUGGUGGACCGCAAUUCUUCCCAACUACCCAAGGCCCUCCUCCGGGCUUGAAGGCUACAGGUACUCCUCCAGUCAGCGGCGGUGGAAUGUUCGGCCAAGGUCACGGCUUCGCCAGUACCCUUGGAGGGUACGGCAGCAACAUCAGCAGUCGAAACACGAAUGAUGAGAUGAUGCGCGAGCUACUUCGAAACCAACAGCGCGGCAACGCUGGUGGUAGCGGCAUGCCGGAUGCCGUAAAGCGUGAGUCUAUGUUUCCAUCAUUCCUUCAUCAACACCCACACCCACCGGCCUCAACCGCAACCCCUGUCCCCAAUGCGCCUGGGCUCAUCAGCCUUCCGUACGGAUCGCAGCCGCCUGGUGCUGGUGGUAGCUUCCAGGAAGCCGUCGGUCCUCAGAAGAAGAGAAAGGGGAAAAAGCACAGGCAUGCUAACACUUCCUCCUCUGGUGGGGGUGGUGGUGUAGUCGAUGUUGCAGACCCAAGUAUUUUGCAGGCGAGGCUCCACCACGGCGCGGCCGGCGGCGGCGCUGGCUCAGGCAGCAUCCAUACAGGACAGGGAGUUUACGGGCAAGGCUCAGGUGGGUUCCCCUCCAUGUAUAACGGUGCAUAUGGACGGUGGUAG